AUGCGGCCAAGCCCUAGGGAAGGGGGCGGGUCCACAGAGGUAGAGGGACGCUUGCCUUGCGGCCCAGCCAGGAGUCUUCGUCGCCGCGGCUGCCGCGGCUACCGCUGCUGUCACCGUCACCACUCCCGGAUUGUGGAGGGCAAGAUGGAGCCGGUCACCAUAGCUACCGACAGCGGGGACCGGCCGGGGACCCCGGCGGGCUCAGGCCUGUCGGCUUCCCAGCGUCGGGCCGAGCUGCGGCGGAGAAAGCUGCUCAUGAACUCGGAACAGCGCAUCAACCGAAUCAUGGGCUUUCACAGGCCGGGGAGCGGCGCGGAAGAAGAAAGCCAAACAAAAUCAAAGCAGCAGGACAGUGAUAAACUGAACUCCCUCACCAUUCCUUCAGUUUCAAAGCGAGUAGUGCUGGGUGAUUUGGUCAGUACAGGAACAACUGACCAGCAGAGUGGUGUGGCCGAGGUAAAGGGGACUCAGCUGGGAGACAAAUUGGACUCUUUCAUUAAACCUCCUGAGUGCAGUAUUGAUGUAAGCCUUGAGCUCCGGCAGCGCAACAGAGGAGACCUGACAGCAGACACUGUCCAGAGGGGUUCUCGCCAUGGCCUAGAACAGUACCUCUCCAGAUUUGAAGAAGCAAUGAAGCUAAGGAAACAGUUGAUUAGUGAAAAACCCAACCAAGAGGAUGGAAAUACAACUGAAGAAUUUGACUCUUUUCGAAUAUUUAGAUUGGUGGGAUGUGCUCUUCUUGCCUUUGGAGUCAGAGCUUUUGUUUGCAAAUAUUUGUCCAUAUUUGCUCCAUUUCUUACUUUACAACUUGCAUACAUGGGACUAUACAAAUAUUUUCCUAAGGGUGAAAAGAAGAUAAAGACAACAGUACUAACAGCUGCGCUUCUGUUAUCCGGAAUUCCUGCUGAAGUGAUAAAUCGAUCAAUGGAUACUUACAGCAAAAUGGGCGAAGUUUUCACAGAUCUCUGUGUCUACUUUUUCACUUUUAUCUUUUGUCAUGAACUGCUUGAUUAUUGGGGCUCUGAAGUACCAUGAAGCCUGCAGAACUCAGAAAGAGAAGCUUACAAAAAAAAUUUCUCUUCUAUAUUGCAGUGACUCUAAAGGAAGCA